AUGAAACUAAGUUAAUAAUAAUCUUCAACAUUUUUAGAAACUAGAGAGAAAAAAGCAGCAUAUGCCUUAAACUAACCUGUAAUAUAUCCUGUUGAUGGCUAUAAAUUAUUAAAUGAAUUGUCUAUCGGAGGAUUUGGAUGUGUUUAUAAAGCCAUCUAAAUGAAAACAAAUAAGUUAGUGGCUAUUAAGUAUUCAAAAGAAAAUAUGGAAAAGGAAUUUAAAAUAAUGAAUUAAUUACAGAAUUGUCAAGGAGUUCCUUAAGCCUAUUAUUUCGGUCAAUUAAAUAAUACUUAUUACAUUAUAAUGGAGUUCUUAAAUGAAGAUAUGUUAACCAUUUUAACUAGAUUGAAAUAUUUUUCAAUAAAAACAAUCAUAUUUGUUGCUAUUAAAGUAAUUUAAGCACUUAGUGAAAUUCAUAAAAGUGGUAUACGUCAUAGAGAUAUAAAACCAUAAAAUUUGAUGACUAAAUAUUCUGGUAUUCACAAUUUAUAAUUUAGAUUCAAAUAUAUAUCUAAUUGACUUUGGGAUUUCACUCUUUCAAAAUGAUUCUUAACCUGAUAAAUAUGUUGAUGGCACAAUUUUAUAUGAUCCUCGCAUUGUACACAGACGUUAAGAGUAUAGGUUUAUAGAUGAUAUAGAAAUGACUGGUUAUUGUUUGGUUGAAUUAUUUAAAGGUAAAUCUGUAAUAGUUAAAGAAAGGGUAAUUGCCAUGGUAAAAAUAUAUAGGUGGUAGAGAAUCUAGGAUAAUGUAGAUGAAAUAAGAAUUUUUAGAUGCUAAAUCAAUUAAUCAGUUUCCAAUCUAUCCUAUAUUUUAAUUUGUUUUAUAGAAUCAGAAUAAUGAUAUACCUGAUCAUAACAUAUUAAUUAAUAAGUUAAGGAAAAUGUUAUAAAGUUAUAACAUUAUUGAAGAUUACAUAUAUGAUUGGAGUUGUAAUGAAUUAAUAACAACUCAUUAAUUUAAACCAAGAACAAUAAGUUUCUAAAGUUAAAAAAGUAAUUUCCAAGAUGAAAAAUAAGAUUUGAAUAUUGCUUCUGAAGGGAAAAUAUAAUUUGUAAAUGAUUAAUCUUAUAAAUUUAUGAAAUGA